UGCCUGCUCCAUCCCUCCUUCCUGUCGGCGCUGCGCACUGCUGCCCGCCGGAGCUGGGCCGCCCGGGAUCGCGCCGCGGACACCGCGCACACCCCCGCGGCAUGAGGCCGCCGCAGGGCAGGGCGAGGCGGCGGCGGCAUAUUUCCAAAAAUUAAAAAGAAAAGAAAAGAGUCCUUGGGAGGGACUUGCAGAGCCCUUUCUGUGGCCAGGAGCAUCUGGACGCACCUCGCACACCGGCAGUGGCACGGCAGCGUCAGCUCACCGCCUCUAUUUUAAGGGAUUGAAUUGAUGGUGCCUUUAGAGAACGUGCUUAAAAAAAGAUCACCCUAAGCCUCUAAAGCGGUUCUGGAAGGAACGUCAUUCCCAUGUUACAGCUCAGUGUGAACGGGGCAUGUUGUGCUGAGUGCUGUGCUGGUACCUACUGUGGCUGCCCGCUUCAGCGCUCAGCUCUGCUGCACUGAAGAGUGAGGACUGAGUCCAUCAAAGGCUCCUGCAUCUGAGCUCCUGCCAGCACUGCAAGUAACUGACCAGCUUCUUAGAAGAUGAUGUUUAUUCCUACUUGAAGCUGCCAUUUGGGAAACAGAAGAAGAAUGUGGACGAAUCCAAACCUCCGCUGUCUUUUAGCGCUAGCUAUUUCAUGUUUAACAAGCUUAGUGCAUAGUCGAGACAUAGGUUCUCAAGGGGACCCCCAGAAUUUAAAAUGUGUCACGCACAAUUUACGUAAAAUGGUCUGUACUUGGGAUAUGUCAUCUAAAAGAAGACACGGACAAACUGAGUUUUGUUACACUACAGAUGACGUCAUUCCAAAGUGUUUUAAAACUAAGGAGAAAAAAGUUGAGAUUCCAGUCCCAGAGAGCUCCACCACGAUGAAAAUAACCACAUACAGCAUUUCUGGAACAGCCUUUGCUACUAGACGCUUUGAAAUUCACAAGAAAAACAUCUCAUUUGUUCCACUCGCUCCACGCAUUCUUAGUUUAACACCUGACUUUUCAACUUCCACGUUAACUCUGAAGUGGAGUGAUAAUGGAUCAGCCUUCCCAUAUGGAGUGGACGCUUCUUGGGAGAUUGAGAUACUCCGUAAGGAAACAAUGGAAGAUGUCACACGAGAAUUUUACAAUUCAAAACUGACCCAUGAAGACAUCAUUCAUUCUUGGAACUGGAAAUCAGACAUGCCUUUGGAGUGUACAUCGCAUUAUGCAAGGAUUCGCCGUUAUAUUAAUAUAACACAGUUUGAUGGCAACAAGGAUUGGAGUGACUGGAGCCCAGUAGAAGUAGUUCCUGGAAAAGAUACUGAGCCCAGUGGAAGUGGACUUUUUCCUCAGGACACUGUGGUGGCAGUGGGUUCAAAUGUGACAUUUUGUUGUGUCCAUGAAGAAGGACGGCAGGUACAACGGAUGUCAUAUGGAGCAAAAGAUUACCCACUAAUACGUCUGAGCAGUCGGAGCAGUGCAAUCAGAGUGCUAAAUGCCAGUGCUUCAGAUGCCAGUGGGACAAAUAUAGUGUGCAGAAUGUCUGAAAAUGGGAUGGAUGGAACUGUCUUGUUUGUAGGAUAUGGCCCUGAUAUUCCCGAAGACCUCAGCUGUGAAACAUCCAACUUUGUGAUAAUAAAAUGCACCUGGAAACCAGGUAGAGCCAGUGGACUGUACGGAGUACGUGGAACAAAGUACAGUUUAAUUGAAAGUAUAUCUGGUAAAAAUGUUUCCUGUGAUGUAAAUGAAAUGAAGAAAGAGCGUGUUUGUGGCUUUCCAGUUCUGGCUGAUCAGAAAACCUACAGUUUUGUAUUAGGAGUUUCCAAUCCUAUUGGACAAACAGAGGCAUCACUUUUGGUUGACUUAAAUCGGAGAGUUAAUCCAGAAACUCCAGAAAAGUUAACUGUUUAUGGGAACAGCUCCACAAGCGUCCGUCUGCGUUGGUUUAUAAAUGGCAGCUUUGCUGAGAUCAGGCUUCUGUGUCAAAUUGAAAUCCGCAGUGGCCAUUCUGAGCAAAAACUGCACAAUGUCUCCAUGCCUGGUGGGAAGUUCUCAACCUACACAGCUCAGCUGAAUGCAUUGCACCCAUACACCAAAUACCGGUUCAGGGUGCGCUGUUCAGCUGCUGACCACUUCUGGAGAUGGAGUGACUGGAGUGGGACAGAGGAACACACAACAUUGGAAGCCCCUCCUGCCAGAGGACCAGAUAUCUGGAGAGAGAGAAGUCCUUCUGGAAAAAGCCUAAGAAUCUUCUGGAAGCCCUUAUCCCUUUCUGAAGCCAAUGGAAAAAUUGUGUCUCAUGAAGUGUCCUGCUACCUGCUAGAGGAAUCACUGGAGUAUAAAGAAGUCACGGAGCCCUCAAACAGUACUGAGAUAAAACUUGGAAGAAAUGACUGUGUAAUUAGUGUUGUAGCCAAAAAUCAUGCAGGCUCAUCUCCUCCUUCAAGGAUAACAAGCGUGGAACUUCCAAGUGACAAUGUAAAAACAGAUCGAGCCGUGGCAAUGGGGAAUGGAAUUUAUAUUUCUUGGAAUUCGUACCCCAACAUGACCUGUGGCUAUAUAGUAAAAUGGUGUCAUUCAUCUGGGUCGGAACCCUGCAGCGUGGACUGGCAGAAAUUUCCUUCAAAUACAACAGAUGCAGUGAUAAAAUCUGCUCUGUUCAGACCUGGUGUGAGAUACAACUUUUCACUGUAUGGCUGCAAAUCCAGUGGAUAUCAGUUACUGAAAAACAUAACUGGGUAUACAAAAGAGCUGCCUCCAAAACGUGCACCAAAUUUUACUGUAGAAGAAACUUCUUCAGAUUCGAUAUUGGUAAAGUGGGAAGACAUGCCUAUUGAAGAUUGUCAGGGGUUUUUAGAAGGAUAUCGGCUUUCCUUCGCAAAAGGUGAAAAAGAUUCCUUAAAGCCUAGGCUUUUGGAAUCAGGGAAUCCAGAACUUAAAGUUAAGAAUAUCACUGACUUAACGAAAAAGUCUUUGAAAAUACUUGAUCUUCAAGGCAAAACGAGUUACCAGCUGGAUCUACAAGCCUACACUGCUGGUGGGUUGAGCCCUCCAAACAGCCUCUAUGUGGUGACAAAGGAAGACUCUGUAGGACUAAUCAUUGCAAUUCUCAUCCCUGUGGCAGUGGUUGUUCUGCUUGGAGUGGUGGCAAGCAUCUUUUGCUAUAGGAAAAGGGAGUGGAUCAAAGAAACAUUUUAUCCGGAGAUCCCAAAUCCUGAGAACAGUAAGGCACUGCAGUUUCAGAAGAACAUUUGUGAGGGGAAUAAGUCACUUAAAACACUGGAAAUGAAUCCCUGUACCCCAAAUAGUGUUGAAGUGGUGGAAACACAGUCUGCAGCUCCCAAAAUUGAAGACACUGAGAUGAUGUCCGCAACAACAGACACCAUUGUGCCUGAAGAUGGAUCUGACUCUGAAACAGAAAACCAUGUGGUUGUGUCCUACUGCCCCCCUAUCAUUGAAGAGGAGAUAUCAAAUCCCCCUAUGGAUGAACCUGUGGGGUUAUCUCAGGUGGUUUACAUUGACAUCCAGUCAAUGUAUCAGCCUCAAAUUAAACCAGAAGAGGAGUCAGAAAUAGAUUUAGUGACUACUGCGGGCUAUAAGCCACAAAUGCAGCUGCCUGUCAGUGCUCUGAAAAUAGAAAGUCACUCACCUGCCGAGGAAGAAUCAGACAAGACAGCAGGUUACAGACCUCAAGCAAACGCAAAUGCCUGGAACAUGGACGCUCCAGACUCUCCUGGAUCAGUUGAAAGCAACAAUGAAAAUGCAUCUUUUGGGAGCCCGUGCUCCAUUAAUUCCCGACAGUUUCUGCUUCCCCCCAAAGAUGACGAAGACUCUCCCAAGCCCAGUAACACGGGGUGGUCCUUCACACACUUUUUUCAAAACAAGCCAAAUGAUUAACAGUGAGUUAUCAUUGCACCUGAACCUGCCUUCUAAAUAAGCUCUUAUUCCUGAUGAAACAGGAUGAAAAAAGUACAAAAAGCAUGCGUUAUUCUUGGAGACAGUCAGCAGAGGUUCUAGUAAGCUGAAUGUUACCAUGUUUAAGUUAAUGAAAGUGUUGAUGUUCCAUUUUAAUAGAGGCUGAGGCCAGAAUUAUAGCAAUCUAGUUAUUACUGUAGUAAAAUAUAUUGGAUAUAAGCGGUAUUGAGUUUAGAUCUCCUGAUAAAUAUAGUCAGAGAACUGUGCUUACCUUCAGUGUUUGAAGGCUAGUGUGAUCUCAUACAACUCACAACUUGGAAAGAUUGCUUUGCUUUGUUGUAGUUGUUCUCAACCAUGCAUACUCAAAUGAUGUAGUCCCAACAGAUACGCUCACUUGAAGAUUUCAUUUACUGAAAACUUCAGCCUAAUGUUUUAUAAGGAUAUGGUUGGAAACUCUUGAGAUCUUUUACCUAAUGAUGAACUAACAACAAAUCAAAGUUCUACUUUUCUCCCAUAUGUCACUGUUUAACACUUUUGAAGCAAUGGCCGUUCAAAGCUGUUGCUUCUUAACUAGACACUAGUUUCUGUACCUACUGUACAAUGUUUAUUCAGUGUUUGACUCAGGGGUACAAACUUGGGAAAAAAAAGUGUAACACUGAUUUAAACCUCAACAAGAACUGCAUGAAGUUUAAAAAAUAAAACAAAAAAAAAAAACAAAAACAAAAACAAAAAAAAAAAAAAAAAAAAAACAAAAAACAAAAAAACAAGCAAACAAAAAAAAAAACAACCAUAGAAUACUCUAUACUUUUUCUGUCCUUCUGUUAAGGAGUUACAUUUCUUGAUGUAUUGCACUAAUGCAUUUUGUAUUUUAUAGUUUGAGCUCCAGACCUCCUGCCUCAACUCAUACUCUAUUCAAUUCCCCCACAGUAUUCAGGAGUCUUUGCAUUAUGCAGCAAUGUAAGCCAUGGGGAAAUCUCUGACCACUAACACUAGUUGUCCAAGCCAUUUGGCACCAGAAAUCAGAUGUAGUACUACAGCUCUGUGAGAACAAAUUUCUCUUUGGAUGGUCUUCAUUAUGUUAGUGUUGCUACCUGCUGCCUGGCUGUUCUCCACAUUGUCCACCCGACAGGACCUUUUCCUACACAUCCUAUCUAGGAGUGCAAAGGGGGAUUUCUGCAGUGGCAGAAACCUUAAGAGGUUUUAAGGCCACUAGUUCUACCUCUCCUUUACUAGACAUGUGAUGCAAAGAUAUCUUAAAUGAUGUAAAUUUGUAUGCUUAAAGAAGUUUUCAGAACAAUCAUCUUUGAUUUUUUUUUUUCAUGUAUGCAUCUAUAGGCAACUGUAAUUGUAGUAUUUCACUGUGCAAAUUUCCAACUUCAGCACACUGAGUUUCACUAGCUUACAAUACAAAGUGCUUUCUAAUUUACCUGUUCCAUAUUGUAAAACACAGUGAAGAGAGGUCAGAUCUUUAAGCACUUGAUCAAAAAGGGUUUUCAUAAAGUCAUAACCAAAUCUUAGUGUAGAUUUCAAUUUCCUGAACCAGCUUGUGGCAUUUGAAAAUAAGAUGAAUGAGUAGAUUUCAAUCUGAGAUUUCUAACAGAUAAGGAGGCUGGAUUGACUAAGUUUUUAGCUAUAAUGGUGUGAGAACAGACCAGAAGGGUGGCUAAGCUUAGCAGAUGUUUGGUCUACCGAACCACAUGACCUGGCCAUCAAAGUAAAACCAAGCAUUAGGUUAAACCUAGUCACUGCAAUGGGUGCUGCAGUUUCAGAUACUGACAUGUCUCUGCCAUCUCCGUAGAAUGAAAACACAGAGGGAUUUCAAAACAGACAGAACACUAAAGGCAAAACACUAAGAAGCUUCCAAAUCAUCAUCACUAACAACUAUAUAUGCCUUCUGGAAGAGUGAAAUGUAAAGACAGUAAGUUUAGAUGUGUUUGUGGGCCUGACAGAAUACAUGGUCUGUCUGAAGAAUGGAAAGUGCAGAUCAGGUUCUGCUCUAGAGGAUGAAUUUUGAAAUGAACAGGGCUGCAAAUGAAAAGUAAGGCAGUGUGAAUAGCUGGUGUCCAUCCGUCCACAGGCAUCCCUACAAGAGAGCAUUUCAUGCCUAACGUAUUACUGCUUGUUAUUCAGUACACUAAAUUAAUACAUAAAAGGAAGCAGUUCUACUCUUUGUGCUUGAUAGAGAGGCAGCGAUUAUGUCCUAAUAGUAGCAGUAUUUUCUUUCUAUUCCAAAGCUCACAGUACCUUAUUUAAAGCCUGUUUUUUUUUUCACUCUAACGUUAUUUUUUUUGUUUUCUAUUGCAUUUUGUUCUAAUAAAUUUUAGACUAUGCUUUUAACUGAGAACAGAAGAUGUUUAGAACAGAAGGCAUGGGUAGUGUGGUUUAUUACAUUUUUGUUUAGUGGAGCAGUUUCUCAACACAGAGGAGCAAUUACUGUUAUAUGAAGAUCCGUAGGAAAAAGGAAAACUCUGUAGGGGAAUUGCUGAUCUCAGAGAAUAAUAGUGCUUUCUUAUGAUUGCAUUUUGCAAGAAGCAACACCAAACCAAAGUUGUGGUUUUUAACUUGGCGGACUGGAAGCCAGGGUGAGCAGAGAGCGCUCAAAGCUCACAGGGAGCAACCUAGCACCUUUUGCAGUGCUCUCGAGGAGAAUCAGUUCAACAUAAAUAUCACAUAGUCAAAUUCUCUUUCAUGUUGCUCUUAAUUUUCAGUAAAGGCAAAAUCCUUUAUUUCACCAUGAUUAGGUGAUAGAGAGUUCCCUUAACAUAGGGCUGUCUUUAAUGAACCAUAGCACUCUCACUUAAUUAUCCAUUGCUAUUUUUAAUUUUUUUUAACUUUAUUUGAUUUGUGUCCCGAUUCCCAGUAUGUAGGCAGAAGAGUCCCAUUAAGAACAGUGGCUUACUAUAUCUUUAAUCUUGGUUUAUAGCCCUGCAGAGGGGCUUCAUCUGUACACUACCAGCGAGGACUCCUUUCCAAUAUCUGUCUUAAAUCUUCUGCAGCAAAUCCAAAUACCGUAUUAAUGAGAGAAUAUGUGCUUAUUUAGUGUCCAUGUGAAGGCACCCCUUGGUGUACCCCCUUGGCAGUAAGAGUAGACUUGCUUUUUGAGCCCAAGUGAUUUGUUAAACCAAUGAAGCAUUUUUAAGAAAGUCAUUCAUACCAAAAGCACUUUCAAAGCAUGGUGCUGUUUAACCUCUGGAUGUAUUGAUGUCAAUUGUAAGACUGAAACUUUGGGGUUCAAAGGAGAUCAGACUCCUUGUACUUGUGCCUUUGGGCUUCCCAGUGAGUCUGUGUGAUCAAAUUAGAUGUGAGUGAAACCCCUUCUUGUUGUUUCUGAAAGAUGUAUUAAGAAACUAAAUGUAAUGCAUUUUCAUCAUUUUCUGAAAGAUCUUUUUCCUUUAUUGAACAUCUAUUUUGUUUUAAUUCUUUUGAGCUUUUGUUUGGUUUUUUUUUUUUUUUUUU